AUGGAGAAGAUGCUCACAAGGCUCACCACCAUGUCUCUGAUCUUCUUCUUCUUCUUCUCCACCCUGGUCGCGGACAAAUCUCAGGGUUUCUCAAGAAGUUUGUCACCGGAGGCAUUGGGGCUGAAGAAAGAGAAGCUAAGCCAUCUUCAUUUCUUCCUCCACGACAUUGUGGAGGGUGAAAAAGCCACUGCAGUGAGAGUUGCAGAGGCGUGGAUGACAAACACGUCUAUGACAGGGUUCGGGUUUUUAGCCAUAAUGGACGAUCCACUAACAGAAGGGCCGGAUCUGGGGUCGAAGACGGUGGGGAGGGCUCAAGGAAUGUAUGCAUCGGCAGCAGAGAAUGAGUUUGCUUUGUUGAUGGUGCUUAACUUCGCAUUCAUUGAAGGAAAGUAUAAAGGGAGUAAUCUGAGUUUGUUAGGGAGGAAUGAGGUGUUUUCGGCGGUGAGAGAGAUGCCAAUCAUCGGAGGGAGUGGGGUGUUCCGGUUUGCUCGUGGGUAUGCUCAGGCGAAGACUCACAAGAUCACAGUUGAAUCAUCCAUAGUUGAGUACAAUGUCUUUGUUUACCAUUAUUGAUUUGAUGCAGAGGAUGACGGUAAACUUUCAUAGCUUUUAUUUUCAUUUUCCGGUUCCGGUGAGUGCGACUGUGUGUGAGGAGUGAGGACUCCACUACAAAAAAGGUUUAAAAGCUUCGACCCCCCACCUGUAAUGAUCUUCAUCAUAGAAAGAUGUCUUUAAUUUUAAGAUUUGUAUUGAGAUUGAUUUA